AUGUCUCAACAUAACAUCCCACACAGCAACACAGUUCGAUACGUCAAUAACCAAAAUGUCCUUCCUACACCCCCGUCUGGGCCUGCCGAAGUAAAGCGACUGAAACAAGUAGAUCGAGCUCGCCAAAAAAGCAAACUAGUUGACACAAUAGUUCCUCUGUGCAGCCCACCCCCAGAGUUUCUUGUCACCGAUGCAUUCAUGAUCUUCUCCGAAGGAUGGUGGAAAUGUACAUAUGCCGGAUGUCCCGUUGGUGCGCAUGAUCUCGGCGAAAGAUUCUGUCCAAUUUUCGUCAGCGAUGGCAAAUAUCUGCCGGAUGGACGGAAAGAGGGAGAACGAGAUCCAAUAGAACUUCAGGAGGGUUGGUGGUGUUGUCCUAACAGGAAAUGCGAAAUGAGAUCUAGACGCCCAUUGUGUGACGAGAAGCGCACAUGUGGAUGUGAGGACAACUAUGGAAGGGAUGCAUUGAUUAAGGAACGUGAGGAGAUGCGUCCUACAUCUUCGUCAGAGAAUAAUGUCGAGAAAUGGAUUGCGCAGUUGUCUGAGCUGUCAGCGGAGGAGGAAAUUGACGUCAUGGAAGGAGGAUUAGAACCGGGUUUGGAGUAUGCGUAUGAGGUUCAAGAACCGACGAGUUCGGGUCCCGUGAAAUUACUUUCGUUGAGGCUUCCUAGAAGACUUGGCGUAUGGGAAUUGUCGCUAAGAGAUAAGCCUUCUGGCUCGAAGUGA